GGUAGUGUGACGAGUCGUCCGUAAUAUUUCUACUAACAGAUUGGUGGUGAGUUGCGAGGCUCCGAGAGCGACACAAGAACCGACCUCGGCCAAAGCACAGGCGACUAGUCGAUUAGACCUUUUCUCUUCCCCACACUCCGCACAAAGCCCACGCGAAAAGCACACAGACACUGACGACGAGGCGGAUAAUAUGACGGGACAAGCAAUAAUGGCGAUUAUUGUCCUGCGGCCUUAUGCAAGCCGCGGCAGCUGGAUUCGGCAAUAUGGUCGGAGACUCUUCUAACGUAAUCCCUCGACAAAGACACGGGAUAGGACCGACUUCUUAGUGAAUAUAGUUCAUUACACAUGCGACUGCAAGAUUCUGUAUUCUCUGACUAUCUUUCUACCCUCAGAAUAUUCUUGACAACAUGCCGUUCUUGUACUCCGACACGCAACCAAAGAUCCUCAUCGCAGGUGCCGGUAUCGGCGGGCUGACCACCGCGCUAGCACUCCAUGCCGCCGGUUUCAGCGACGUCCAGAUCUACGAGACAGCAUCAACGCUCACCACACUCGGCGUUGGCAUCAAUGUUCAACCUUCUGCAGUUCUGAUUCUGCGGAAUCUGGGUCUGCUUGAGGCCCUAGAAAAGACUGGCAUCAAAACGGGAGAGCUGAACUUCUACAAUCGUCAUGGAGAUUCGAUUUUGAGCGAGCCAAGAGGGAUGAAUGCAGGUUACGAGGUGCCCCAAUUCUCAAUCCAUCGUGGAGAAUUCCAGAUGUUGCUUCUAAGCGCUGUGAAAGAACGCCUUGGCAACGAUGCUCUGCAUCUGAACCAUGCGCUGACGGCGUUUGAUCAAAACGACGAAAGCAUCACAGCGCGCUUCGCUCACCGAAGAGAUGGCGCCCCUGUGGACGAAUCAAGCGUAACAGGCGACGUUCUGAUCGCUGCUGAUGGUAUCAACUCCGCAGCAAGAAGGCUUCUCUACCCCGGCGAGGGCCCGCCACGCUUCUCGGGGCGCAUGCUCUGGCGCGGCUGCAUCGAGCGCGAUCAGUACCUCACAGGCGCGAGCAUGGUGUGGGCAGGUCAUGCCGACCAAAAGUUCAUCGCAUACCCCAUCAGCGCACGAGCAGCCGCCAAAGGCAAAAGUGUAGUCAACUGGAUUGCCGAGUUACGCACACGCGACAGGAACGACACGGACCUCACACCCCCCAAAACCGACUGGACCAAAGCCGUCAGGAAAGAUGUCUUUGCCGGACCCUUUGAGACAUGGAGAUGUGGCGGCCUGGAGAUGAAAGACCUGAUCGACAACACAGAGAAAGUCUUCGAGUUUCCCAUGUCAGAUCGCGACCCUGUCGAAGCCUGGUCCUUCGGCCGUCUUACUCUCAUGGGCGACGCAGCACACGCCAUGUACCCCAUUGGUUCAAACGGCGCAUCACAAGCCAUCAUCGACGCGGAAACGCUCGCUAAACAUCUCUCCGGCAACACUUCUGAUAUUCCAGCCGCGCUGAAGGCAUACGAGCAGGAGAGGUUACCGCCUACCGCUAAGAUCGUUAUGGCGAAUCGUGCGAAUGGGCCGGAUCACGUCUUGCAGCUUGCGGAGGAGAGAGCGCCCGAUGGUUUCAAGAAUGUGUAUGAUGUUAUUCCUAAGGAUGAGCUGGAGGAGAUUGGUAGGGUGUACAAGAAGGUUGCGGGAUUUGAGAUGGAUAGUGUUAAUGUGAAGGCGAGGGAGACGGAGGGGGUGGACAGGGAGAAGGGGUUGAAGAGUCCGGCGGAUUGGAUAUAGCGGUAGAUCUAUCGUGUGAGGAAAUGAUGAUGUAGCUUUGUGAAGCUGUACCUUCUGUACACUUUUGAUAGGGUAGAACGUCCAGGCACGUGCUGGGGCAGCGAUGACGUUCACGGCUAGUCUAGUGCGAAGAGCAGUUCCCAACCGAAAAGACGUGGGAUGCGACGCGUUCCUACCAGCCCCCUCACUUGGUACCAUUAACAUCCGUU